AUGGCAGUUUUAACGGCACAAUCCGCAAGCAGCACCACAACCACGCUUACCCAACCGUACGGUACUUCCGGCUGGGGCAAGUUUACGCUGCUGCUGUACAAGAACUUUCUGCUGCACUGGAGAAGCAAGCUGUCCAGCGUGAUCGAAGUAUGCAUCCCUCCACUGUUCAUGCUGCUCAUGGUGGGAUUGCGCAGUUUGACGGAAAUCGAAUACAUUCCCCACGUAUCGGUCUACCAGCCGUUGGAUAUCGCCAACUUUACCGCUAUCAGGAGAAACCUGGCUAUUCCCUUCCACGACACCAUCGCCUUCUCGCCGGAUAGUCCGGCACUGCGAGCCCUAAUGGGCCCGGUGGGCGAAUGGGCCGAUCUGAACGUCCAGCCACUGCCGAAUGAAACCACGCUGCAGAACUUCCUGCGGGCCAGUAGCGCAUUCGCCGGCGUGGAGUUUGACCCACGGCUCAACAAUACGAGAUCGCUGCCGCAGAAGCUCAACUAUCGCCUGCGCUUCCCAGGGGAGCAGCGGGCCCAGUUCACCGUCGGCAACAGCUGGCAGACGGACAGGCGCUGGGGUUCGCGGGCGGACGGUGGGGCACGAUUUGCCGAGCACAGCGACGGUGGGCCCUCGCCGGGGUACUUCCGGGAAGGGUUCCUGUCCAUACAGCACUUCAUCUUCAAAUCGUUCGCCGAGCUGAACAAGGUGAUUCCGGAUCCGGUCCCGGAUGUGUACGUACAGCGGUUCCCCUACCCACCGUUCCGGGAGGACAGCUUCCCUUCGAGCUUGACCACCUUCCUGCCGAUCUCGGUGAUGCUGGCGUUCAUCUACCCGUGCAUCAGCAUCGUGAAGAGCAUCCUGUUUGAGAAGGAAAAGCAGAUCAAGGAGGCGAUGAAAAUUAUGGGCCUCCAGAAUUGGGUCCUUUGGAGCUCGUGGUUCGUGAAGUGUUUCGUGUUCACGCAGAUAUCGAUCCUACUAGUGGUGCUGUUUCUCAAGGUGCCCUGGUACUCGACGCCGAACGUGUCCGUCCUGACGUACUCCGACUGGGGCGUCAUCUGGUUGAUCUUCUUCGUCUACGGUAUCGCGAUCAUCACGUUUUCCUUCAUGCUCAGCACGCUCUUCUCGAAGGCCAACUCGGGUGGCGCGGUGGCCGCGAUCAUCUGGUUCCUGGCGUUCGCCCCGUACAUCAUCAUGGUGCAGGACUAUCGGAAUCUGAGCGUGUCGCAGAAGCUCGGCUCAUCGCUGCUGCUCAACUCGGCCAUCGGGUUCACGAUGCGGCUGGUCGGUGCGUACGAGGGUGCGACGACGGGCGUCCAGUGGUCCACCCUCUUCCACGACAGUGACCUGGACGACAUCAACAUUGGCCAGAUGCUGCUGUUGCUGCUCGGCGACGCCGCGAUCUACAUGCUGAUUGCGCUUUACAUCGAGCAGGUGUUUCCGGGAGAUUUUGGCCUGGCACAACCCUGGUACUUUCUCUUUACGAAGCGUUUCUGGUGCGGCGAACGACCUGCUUCUGGUGAACCAGAUGGCAAAUGUAAACCGAACGAUAACAUCGAAGCCGAACCGAAGGGACGUCUGCCACGGAUCCAAAUACGCGACCUGCGAAAGGUGUACUCCAACAAGAAGGUGGCGGUCGAGGGACUGACUUUCAACAUGUUCGAGGGGCAGAUAACGGCCCUCCUGGGUCACAACGGGGCCGGUAAGACGACCACCAUGUCGAUGCUGACGGGCAUGAAGCGCCCCAGUGCCGGUACGGCCAUCAUUUGCGGGCACGACAUCCGGACUGACAUGAAGCGGGUGCGGACAUCGCUCGGGUACUGUCCGCAGCACAACAUCCUGUUCGAUGAGCUGACGGUGCGCGAACAUCUGUACUUCUACGGCCGGCUGAAGGGUCUGUCGAAGGUGCAGGUCGUGUUCGAGAUCGAGAAGUACAUCAAGGCACUCGAACUGGACGAUAAGGCGAACGUCCGGUCGUCCAGCCUGUCCGGCGGUAUGAAGCGGAAGCUCUGCGUCGGCAUCGCACUGUGUGCCGGUUCGCGGGUCGUACUGUGCGACGAGCCAACGUCCGGCAUGGAUCCGGCGGCCCGGCGUGCCCUGUGGGAUUUGCUGAUCGCGGAGAAGGCCCGCCGCACGUUGAUCCUGUCGACGCACUUCAUGGAUGAGGCGGACAUGCUCGGCGACCGGAUCGCCAUCAUGGCCGACGGGAAGCUGAAGGCGGUCGGGUCGUCGUUUUUCCUGAAGAAAAAGUUCGGCGUCGGCUACCGGUUGAUCUGCGUAAAGCAGCCGAACUGCGACGUCGAUCGGGUGACGGAAGUACUCCGCAAGCACAUUCCUCCCAUCCAGGUGGAAUCGAACGUUGGGUCGGAACUGUCCUACCUGCUGCAGGAGGAACAUUCGGCCGGCUUCCAGACGCUGCUGGAAGACCUGGAGAAUCGUGGCGAGGAGCUAAAGAUCUGCGACUUUGGCAUUUCGCUUACCUCGCUCGAGGAGGUGUUCAUGAAGGUGGGCUCGGAUUCGACGAGCGCCGAGGCUGAGGAGGCGAGAAGCCUGCACAGUAUGCAGUCCUGCAGCACCGGGACGGACGUGGAGUCGAGGGUUUCGAUCGAGGACUACCAGCUGGUGGAGGGCUUCAAGCUGUUCCGCUAUCAGAUAUGGGCCCUGUUCCUGAAGAAGAUCUACCAAACGUACCGUAACUGGUUUCUGCUGGUGGUGCAGAUCCUCAUACCGGUGCUGUUCGUGGCCGUCACGAUCGCGGUCGUACGCAACUGGGGCGGGUCCGGUGAUAUGCCGUCGCGUGCGAUCGGGUUGCGCUAUUUCGACGAGUCCGUCACGCUCGUCCAAAGGGAUGAGGCUGAGGACGCAGGACCGAUGGAGCAACAGAUCUUGAACAGUUACUUCGGCUUGUUCCGCAGCAUUCCGGGCGUAGUGCUUGCAUUCGUUGGUUGGAUGGAGGAUGCAUUUUUGAGCUUUACCGCAGAAAAUCUGAUGCUAGUCAAUAGGCGGUUCAUCGUCGGGGCGACCAUCACGCGGGAUAACCUGACGGCGUGGUUCAACAACGAAGCGCUCCACUCACCGCCCGUCGCUCUGCUCAUGAUGCACAAUGCACUGCUGGCCACGUUUACUGGCUCAUCCAACUUCAGCAUUGGGCUCACGAACUAUCCCCUACCGUACACCGAUGACACACGGCUCCAGUUGAUGCGCAGGUUUAACAACUUAGGCUUCCAGCUGGCCUAUUACACCGGGUUCGCGAUGUCAUUCGUGGUGGGCUUCUACGUCAUCUUCUACAUCCGCGAGCGGGUGACCAAAGCGAAGCUGCUCCAGCUGGUCAGCGGCGUGAGCCGGGUGUCGUACUGGUUGACCGGCUUCAUCUGGGACUACCUGACGUACGCCUUCGUGUGCAUCUUCAUCAUCAUCACGGUUGCCAUCUUCCAGGAGCCUGGUUUCAGCACCGCCGGCGAAGUGUUCCGACUCUACUCGGUGUUCCUGUUCGUGGGCGUACCGGCCCUACCGCUGACGUACCUCGUGACGCUCUACUACAACGUCGCCCCGGCCGCAUUCAUUCGCAUCAGCGUCGCGUACAUCGUCACCGGGACGGCACUGUUCAUCUUCGUCUACCUGCUCGGGACGGACAUGUUCGAGCUGGAGGAACUGUCGGACGUCCUGUCGAACGUGUUUCUCAUAUUCCCGCACUUUGCGCUCUGCGAUGCCAUCGUCAACCUGAGCCAUAUGUCCGUGACGAUCGAUACGUGUGCGGCGGAUCGGCCGCCUGGCGUUACCCCGCUGCCACUGUGCGACGAUGGCCUGUACUACUACCAAUGGGACCGUCCCGGCAUUGGACGACACCUGACCUACUGUCUCGUGAUGACGGUCGUCUACUUUUCGCUCCUGUUUCUGCUCGACUUCAAAGUGCUCAAGCUGAUCGUGCAAAAAGUGCGCGAAUGGCACUACCGGAAGCACUUCAAGCUGGACACCGGCUCCGGUGGCGCCGCUGCGGAGAUGGAUUCGGAUGUGCGCAAGGAGAAGGAGCGAAUCACGACCAUGUCGGUGGAGGAACGGGGCCGUACGAAUCUGGUGGCGCACGAGAUGACGAAGUAUUACAAUCGAUUCUUGGCCGUUAAUCAACUGAGUGUCGGUAUUAAUAGCUCGGAAUGCUUCGGAUUGCUCGGUGCGAACGGAGCGGGCAAAACGACCACUUUCAAGAUGCUCUCCGGCGACGAAACCAUCUCGUUCGGGGACGCCUGGAUCAAGGGGCACAGUCUGAAGAGCGAGCUGAAGCAGGUCCACCAGCACAUCGGCUACUGUCCGCAGUUCGAUGCGCUGAUCGAAGAUCUGACCGGGCGGGAAACGCUGAAGCUGUUCGCGCUGCUGCGCGGCGUCCCCCGGGCGAACAUUCCGCUGGUCGGAGCGCACCUGGCUCGGGAGUUCGGCUUCGAGAAGCACCUGGACAAGCAGGUGAAGGCGUUCAGUGGGGGCAAUAAGCGGAAGCUCAGCACGGCCCUCGCGAUGCUCGGCAACCCGUCGGUGGUGUACCUGGACGAACCGACGUCCGGGAUGGAUCCGGGCGCGAAGCGUAACCUGUGGAACGGGGUUUGCCGGGUGCGGGACAGUGGUAAAACGAUCGUACUUACCUCGCACAGCAUGGAGGAGUGCGAGGCACUGUGCACCCGGCUGGCCAUCAUGGUGAACGGGGAGUUCAAGUGCAUCGGCUCGACGCAGCACCUGAAGAACAAGUUUUCGCAGGGUUUCGUCUUGACGAUCAAGGCGAAGCGGGUGGAGGGUGGUGCCAAAGCGAAGGAGGCCAGCCCGAACGAUGGGCUCGAUCUGCAGAACAUAAAGGAUCACAUCGUCAUCCAGUUUCCCGAUUCUCACCUCAAGGAAGAGUAUCAAGACCUGCUGACGUACUAUAUCCGCUCAAACAGCAUGAAAUGGUCGCAGAUCUUCGGUGUGAUGGAGCGGGCCAAGCAGACGCUCAACAUCGAGGACUACUCAAUCGGUCAGACCAGCCUGGAGCAGGUGUUCCUUGCCUUUACAAAGUACCAAAGAGAGUAG